AUGUCAAAAGAUUUGAAAGCUCUAUUGACAUCCUUUAAAGAUGCCACUCAGUACUGGGUUGCAAAUUUGACCGGUGAUCGAAUUUCCCAAAUCAAGGCGUCAAAAGUAGAUAAUCCCUUAGAUGAGCUACUGAAAUUAGUCAAGUUGAUUAAAGCACAUGUAACAAAGGUGGGAAUAAUAUUCAAGCCAGAAACAUUAGCGAAACAAGAAUCUACAGCUUAUAAUACAUUAGAAAAACUUUCAGAAUCACUCAUAUUGUUGGUAUCAGUUAUAUCGCAACUCCAAGCCAAUCAAAUAUCAAAAUUGUUUUACAAUGAGAUAGUUCAUCAAACUACACAGCUAAUAGAGUCGAAUCAUGAAUUGGCCAUCGAGCUUACAUAUAUAUACGACGAGAAAGAAGAUUCCGCGAGAUUGGUAUCUGUAGGUAAGAUCUGGUCAAAUUGUGAUUCACUCACAGAAUUGAUAAAUAACGGAGCCUUGAAUCUACUCACAUCGAAAAUAAAACAAAGUAUCGGACUAAUUGACGACGGGUUUGAUGAGUUUGUUGAGUGGGUUAAAAACCCGGUAGAUAUUAAUGAUCCAUUUGGAUUCAGCGACGAUGAAGGCGAUGAAGAGGAAGGCGACAAGUUUGACGAUGGAGAAAAGAGUAACGAUGAAGAAGAAGAUUCUGCAGAGCUAAAAGCCUAUGCCGAGAAAUGGCUAAAGAAGAUUGAAUUGGACAGGCUACUUCUUGCAUCGUUCAAAAAGUCAUUACCUAAAUCCACAUCGGGCGCUCAAAUUGAUGAAAUUGAUUUCUUACAGAGAAAAAUCUCCAAUCUGAUUGACAAAUUGAUAGUUGAUUUGAUGUUGAACAGAGAAAUUACCAAAGAAACAGAAUCAAUCUCAAAAGAUAUAUCAACUUAUUCCAUUAAACUAGCUAAACUAGCUGAAUCUAUACAUACUGAUAAAAGAUCCACUUGGUAUUCCACCUGGAUAACUAAGUUCAAUUAA